CGAACGGCGCGCACGGUUUCAGGGCUGAAAGCUUCAGUUUUCGCGAGACUCGCCUUCAAAGUUUUCGAAAAAAAAACUGCUAAGCUUACUUUUGAAUUUGCAUAUUGAGAUAUAAAGUAAAGGUUCAAUUUUGCUGAUUCAUGAAGUUUUUAAAUAAAUAAUCAGUGAAUUGAAAUUUAAGAUGCAAGGUUCGCAAGUAUGGCAGUUCUCCAUCGUUCUCUCGUUGGCUGUCCUUGUCACUCCGGGACUUCAUUACGACAACAGAACGAGGACAAACGAGACAGCUAUAUUGUUGAGCAGACCGUGCACUCUAAUGGAGUUCGUGCACACAGCCCAGUGCUUUCAGACACAAUUUAGACUUCUGUGCAAAGGAGGCAUUACCGGGGAAUGGAUUAAGGGCUUCCAGGAGCACAUAACCGAGCUGUCAGUGCUGGAGUGGCCAGGCGCGUGCUUCAACGUGGCGCGGCUGCAGGAGCACUUCCCGGAGCUGCGGCACCUGGCGCUGGUCAACUGCUCCCACCUCACCUACUUCAAGGGACACUUCGGCCCGACCAGCAGGAUCGAGAAACUUUCAUUUCACGGCCUGACGUCCCUAUGGGAGCUACCUGGAGAAGUCAUAGCGCAAAUGCCGAAGCUGAGAGAGAUGGACCUUCGGCAUAAUGUGCUACGGCACAUGAAGGCAAAACUGCUGCGGUCACCACCUCGACUGCAGAAGGUCUACCUUGGUGGUAACAAGUGGGACUGCAGCGACGGGGGCCUGGACUGGCUGGCUAUGGAGCGCGACGACGGCACGGUCAAGCGGCUGAUCGCUGACUACCGAGACCUGAUGUGCCACCAGCAGCUGUAUAGGGGGAAACCACUCCACAAGGUCAUGGAUAUUAUACGGUCAGUGCGUCAGACGUGCCCGCCGCCGUGCGCGUGCGCCAUGACGCACGUGGUGUCCGACCGCGCCGGCAACAUCAUACCUCUCAUCACCGUGAACUGCAGCAGCCAGGGGCUGGAGGCGCCGCCCGCCUCGCUGCCGCCCAGCACCACCACGCUGCGGCUGGAGGCCAACAAGAUCAACACGAUAAGGACGAUAUUGCAGAAUCACCAAUACAAGAAGCUGGCAGACCUCUACCUGGACAACAACAGUAUACCUAGUGUCAAGGAGCUUGAAGGCUCAGAAUGGUUCAGCACUUUCCGCGUUUUGAGUCUAAGAGGAAAUCUGCUGAGACAGAUACCAGUGUACGCGUUCGACAAAGCCUUCCAGAGCAACAACAACAUAAUGCAGGUGCACCUCGGACACAACCCGUGGCGGUGCGACUGCCACUUCAUCCCGAGGUUCCAGGCUCUGCUGCUGAAGUACAAGCGGGUCAUUCACGACCUCAAAGACAUCAGGUGCUCCAAGUCCGAUGACAAGGAGACCUCACUUGUACAGAUAAGCACGAUGUCUCUCGGCAGCGUCUGUACGAGCACCAAGGUGAGGGUGCCGCUCAGCACCAUCAACGUGGUGAACCUGGUGCUGUGUGCCCUCAUCCUUCUGGUGCUAGGCCGCUUCCUGUACGACUGGCACCUCUUCAAGACCACCGGGAAACUGCCGUGGAUAUCCUCCAUACUGCCGUGAUCCACGCGGCCGGUGAACGCAUGACAUUUCGGAGAUUAUUUUUUAUCUAUGAACAAUACCCGUAGUUGUAUGGAGUAACUUUUGUCGUAGGAGAUUAUUUAGCACUUAGGUAUUAUUUUGAGAUUGAAGCAAUUUUUUUAUAGAUACCUACAUGUUAUCUAAGGAGUAAAAUUGUAGCUCUGUCUUCGGGUACACUACAUAAUUCCGAAUUACUUUUUUACGAAUAUGAAAAUAACGAUUUUUAUUAUUACGAAUUUCAAAGUUCCGAAUAAUUCACAAUCCCGAAUUUCAAGUUUCCGAAUAAUGAAAAUCACGACUAGUUGAUAAAACGAAAUUUCAAACAACAGAUUUAUUAAAAUGACGAAAGUCAAAUUUCCGAAUAUUAUAAUUUCGAUGUUUCAAAUGUUCGAUUUUGUAUUAUAUCGAAUUGUUAAAAUUACGAAUCCCGAAGUUUUAAUAUUCCGACAAUACAAAUCCCCAAAUGUAAUUUAGUUGACAAGAAAUAAGUAGUUAUCUAUUAUACAUGUAUUUUUAAGCUAUAUUAUGUGAAACGCUCCGCUUCGCUUCGCUGCGCUCCGCUUCGUUUUUCAAUAUCUAUGUGCACCUAACACGCUCCUCCUCGCUUUGCUCGUCGUCGCACCUAUCUUUAGGUUUAGGUCCCAAGGUUUUUAAGGUUAAAUACAGUAAAAAUCCGAGAAAUUGUAUUGCUUUCUUGUGAUACUUAACAACAAAUACUACAAGUAGUUUUCUAUUUAACAAUUGUUUUGCUCUAUAUUUGAAACGCUCCGCUCCGCUUUGUUUUGGUUCUAAGGUUUAAA